AACGCAGAAAACAUGCCAAAUACGGUUAAAAAAUGCAGUUACAAGUGGUGCUUUGUUCCCUUGUGUAAGAGUACAACUAUUCAUACGCCUUCUAAAAUUUUUGUAUCGGUGCCAAAAGGCGAUAUUAGGAAGAAAUGGUUUGAAAUCGCAAGACGGAAUGAUGCUUCAUCGAUAUCGCUCAGCACCAGCUUGUUUUGCUGUCAAGAUCAUUUCCAUUUGCAAGAAGAUAUAGAAAACUAUAUGAGAGUACGACUCGAUCCAAAUGCUUCUGUACGAUUGAGAAAAGGUGCACUACCAAGGAUAUUUGAUUGUCAACCUGAUAGACAAUGUUCUCAUGACAAACUGACACGUCCAGGGAUUCUAAAGCGUCAGAAAAUGAACACUUUGAACGAAAUCCUACAAACUGAAACAGUAAUCGAUGAUAACAUGGACUAUGAAUACGCAGAAUGUAAUGCAACCGAGUUGAUGGAUAUUGACACUAAUACUGAUCAUUCAAAUGAUCUUUCAACAACUCAACAUCAAAUGGUUGUUGAAGUUGAUUGCAACGAUGCGACGCCAAAAUGCAAGGAUGUUGGUAUUCAAGUGAAAAUGCGUGACUGUAAAAUUGUAAAAAUGCGUAGCAAGUACGUACAAAACGUGCCAACGAUGCAAGAUGCUUCGUGUUCGACAGAACAAAAAACUCGUCAGAAUAAAAUUGUAUCUGAAUCAAC